AUGGCAGAAUCCAAAUUGGAUAUUAUUAUCACACAAGACAAGGGACGAUGUUUUGUCGUAAAUCAACAUGUAUCUCAAGGAGAAAUUGUAUUUAUUUGCCAACCAUAUGGUAUAGUUCCAUUCGUGAUAACAAAAGAUUUCAUAUGUGCAAACUGCAUUUGUAUUCCAAAGGAGAGAACUUCUUCGAAUAAAAUGAUUGAAUGCCGACAAAAAUGUCAUCAUACAUUUUAUUGUUCCGAUCAAUGUGAACAGCACGAUUGGGACAAAUUUCACAAAUACGAAUGUUCAUUCCUUGACAAAAUAUUCGAAAUUGGCUUCACGAAUUAUAUUCUUACCUAUACGCGACAAAUAAUGCGCAUGUUAACAUUACGAUUUUAUGAGAUUAUGAACAAAUCUUGUGUUUCCAAAUUUGAAGAUGUAUGGAAACUCUGCUCAAACUAUGAGAAAUUUACAAUGAAAACGAAAGAUGAAUAUGAAGCAGUGGCCAAAAUAUUGACAGAAUAUGUUUUAACUCAACUCGUUCCUCAUUUAACAUCGGGCGAUAUGGAUUUUACUCGUAUGGUUUACUCGUUUCUACCUGAUAGAGCAGAUGUCGAGAAACUUUCGAUCAAUGUUUCGAAUUCAUGGAUAAAUACAAUGACUCAUACAUAUUCAAUUUCGAGUGAUGCCUGCAAACAGUUAUUAUUUAAAAUAUAUAUUCUCAUUUGUAUCGAAGAGAUCAACUCAUUCUUUCUCACAACAUUUCUAUUUGACGGAUGGACUCAAUCAUGCUCGAAAUAUGCUGUAGCAGUCUAUCCACAAGCCUCUUUUUUCAAUCACUCGUGCUCACCGAACUUGGGUCGUUUCUUCAUUGAAAAGGAUGGAGACACUUUUCGUACCGGCGACAUUGUUUUCUUUGCCAUGCGUUCGCUGGAAAAAGGUGAAGAAGCCUGUAUUACGUACACGAAUCUCGAACCUGAACUUUAUAUACAAGAACUAGUCGAUACAAGUGAAAUUAUUAAAUCUCAAGCAAAAAGAAAUGAAAGAUUAAAAGAAAUCUUCCUUUUUGAUUGUAAUUGUGUUCGAUGCAUCAACGAGUCAAAAGGAAUACUAGAUUCAUCUUUUGUCACUUUAGUAAAAGAAUUCAAGUGUUCAAAGACAGAUUGUACUGGUUGGCUGAUCCCAACCGUCGAUGACUGCAAGAUAUGCGAGGCAUGUGGGUCAUCACCAUAG